GCCUGGGGCUGUUCACUUGCUUUUCUAAUACCAUGACUUUCCUUGGUGAUGCAUCCCUUUCCUACCAUGAGUUUGUGUGGUUAGAAUAGGCCAGUCCCACCUACAUCCACGAUGCUGGGCACCAAAUGGGAUCGGUUCCACUUGGUGACAUUGAUGGACACGGGGACGCAAUGAACUGAUGUGACACAACUGUGGAAUUUUACUAUGGAAAGAGUACACUUCCUGCUCUGGCUUCAAAGACAGAAGAAUGCAAGCCAAGCGCUUGAAGCUCCUCUUCCCUCCUAGGAGAAAGAAGCUGCCUGAGAAUAGAGUGGACACAGAAGAUAACAAAUAAGAGAUAGGAAAGGAAACCCUCAGGCCCCCAAACAAGGUUAAAACAUGCCUGAAGUCAAUUCUACCCCUGGGCUCUUCAACACUGGGAGCCUGUUAAGGAGGUCAUUGAGAGGACGUGACCUCCGUUUGACCUGAGAGCUGAACUAGGCGGUGGGAGGCUCCUCACUCCUCCCCGUCCUUGGAAUGCAGGUUACAAUCACCACUCCUGCCCUGGGAGCCAUUUCAAGGAUACAGCUCUCAGAGAGGACUGUGCUAUUGAGAUCCUCGGACUGUAGACAUGACUGAACCCAGGUGAAUAACACCAGGUUGUCCAGCAUGAUAGUCUUCAUUUUCCUUGCCCUCAACAAGAAAAAUGUGACUGAGCCACACCCUUGGGCCUAAUCUCCAAAUGCAGUGACCCAGCAAGUAGUACAUAUGAUCCAUCCAAUGAGUUGUCUUGGAUUCUCCUUAGGAGAAGAGGUUUGAAAAGAGCUAUGGUGCUAUGCUUGGAAAAUGAAUCCACUUCCCAAACCAUUGAUUGCACAUAUUUAAGAGAGCAAUGCCUAAGUGAUACAAAUGGAUGUAAACUUGCAUGGAGAAAGAUGGAAGAUUCAUGUAAUGUUUCAGGUAACCCCUGCAAGAUGAAGGAUUCAUCAAACUGUAACCUGAGCAUCCAGUCCUUGGUGGAAAACGAUUUCCAGUUUGAAGAUUGUCUCUGCACUGGUAACCUCCAUUGCACUAUUAACAAAUUGCUUGGGAAAAAAUGCAUCAAUGAAUCAGAAGAAUCAGCACUGUCUUUACAUUUGGCUUCACAGUCGAAUAUCACACAGUGGUUCCAUCAGAAAAACACAUCAUUAAUGGUUAGAAAAAAGAUUGACUGUGUCACAGCAGUACAUAUGUGCCAGGAGUCGGAACAUUGCACUCUGUUGUAUGAAAAUUUUAAGAAAACCUGUGGGAGAGAAUCAGAACAAUGCAAGACCCUUGAUGGAGGCUACACGUGUGCAGCAUUAAGAGAAAGUCUGAAAGAAACGAUCUUGUGGAAUUGUCAUUGCAACAACCCUUCAAAAGUAGAGUGUAUUGAAAUUUGGAAAAGUUUGUUUGAAGAUAUUUGUAUACAAGAUGUUCACAUGAAUCAAGUUCCAGCCUACAGUGAUGACUAUGAAGAGGGAUUCAGCCAGGAAAUUGUUUCAGAUAACAUGAAAGAGGAUAAUCAAUCCAAGUGGAAUCUGACCACUCUUCCCUAUAAUGGAAUUAAAGGGAUCCAGUCCUGUUUGGAAGUGGCAGAGGCGUGCGUAGGGGAUGUGGUCUGUAACGCACAGUUGGCCCCUUACCUUAAAGCUUGCUCAGCAAAUGGAAAUCUAUGUGAUGUGAAACACUGCCAAGCAGCCAUACGGUUCUUCUAUCAAAGUAUGCCUUUUAACAUUGCCCAGAUGUUGGCUUUUUGUGACUGUGCUCCAUCUGAUAUACCUUGUCAGCAGUCCAAAGAAGCUCUUCACAGCAAGCCAUGUGCCGUGAACAUAGUUCCACCCCCUACUUGCCUCAAUGUAAUUCACAGCUGCCGAAAUGAUGAAUUAUGCAGGAGGCGCUAUAGAACAUUUCAGUGGAAAUGCUGGCAGCAAGUGACUAGAAAGUGCCAUGAAGAUGAGUUUUGCAUCAGUACCUUAAGCAAGCAGGAUCUCACUUGCUCAGGGAGUGAUGACUGCAAAGCAGCUUACAUUGGGAUCUUGGGGACAGUCCUUCAAGCGCAGUGCACCUGUAGGACCAUCACACAAGGUGAAGAAUCUUUGUGCAAGAUUUUCCAACAUAUGCUUCAUAGAAGAUCAUGUUUCAAUUACCCGACCCUGUCUAAUGUCAAAGGCAUUGCAUUGCAUAAAAGAAAACAUGCGAAGGAAAUAACUCUAAGUGGAUUUCAUUCCCCCUUCAACGGAGAAGUAAUCUAUGCUGUCAUGUGCAUGACAGUCACCUGUGGAAUCCUUCUCCUGGUUAUGCUCAAGCUGAGAACUUCCAGAAUAUCAAGUCAAACAAGAGAUCAUUCACCAGUCCAAAUACUGGAGGAAUUAUGAUUCAUUAAGAGUCACGAAUCAUUAACAAUCACUUUCUUUACAGGAAGUCUUUGUACCAGUCAACAGAAUAUCCCAUCUGCCACCAAUAAGGAAAAUGUGAAGAUGGAUCUGAUGAUAUUAGAUCGUUAGUAUAAUAAUAUAAGAAAUGGUAAUAUGGCAUGGUGUUAGAUUUACUUUUGUCUUAAGAAGAUAUUCGAGUAAAAAUAUCUGGUGGUAUCUUUUAUGACAUUGGUAGAAAAUUGAAGUCUCCCUUGAAGGCAAAAUGUGUUAUCUCAAGUUACAGUCUGCAUGAUUUGUUUCAUGGUAAAUUUGAAUCCAUGUGAUAGUAAUUAGUUGCAUCAAAAUAUGACAUAUUACGGUUAGCAGGGUUUUUUUUUUCUGAUCAAUUUUACAAAUUCCCAUUGGCUUGCCAAAAGUAAAAUGCUAAUAGAUAUAUCCAGUAUAAUUUGUUAUUUGUGUAUUCUUACUCAGUGUCACAUCACACAUCAUGGUAUCUUUGUUUUUGUAACUUAAAUACUGUAGAAUUUUGCUUUUGUAACUUGGUAUCUUUAUUUCAUACAAAAAUGUAGAACAACACAUUGCCUGAAAAAAAUCAAUAUGCAUUUUAAUAAUGACAUACUUCAUUUGUGAAUUUAAUUUUUUCUAUGUUAAUUACUAUGAACUUCUUUGGUAACAAAGUAAUACUAUAAUUGUAUAUUCUAUAUUGUUACUUUUGGCCAGAUUUGGCAGCAGAGUGCAAUUGUGAUUAGAAAAUUGUGAACAAGUUGUUUGUUAGUUUAGUUUUUGGUAUAUAUAUGCUUUUCAACUCUCUGCAAUCACAUUAAUACCCACUGCUAUGAAUGAAUAGGAGGUUUAAUUGUCCACAGUGGCACAGAGACACAAAUAUUCAAUAAUCUGAGAAUAUUAAUAAAUAGUGAUAUAUUCACACUUAAAGGUU